AAUCAGUUGCAGCCUCGUUUUUCAAAAAGCCCGAGCGUUUCAGCUCGCCGUUGCUUCCAAGAAACGGAGAAAACCGGGGAGGUAAAUUACGGUGAUUCAUCGCGGGCAGAUCGGAGGCAGGAAACGAGAGUUUGCUGCCUGCCCCGUGCCCGGCGUGGGCUCGGGCUCGCCGGGGCCUGGCUGGCGGCGAGGGCCUGACGCCCACGGGCCGAGCAUCCCUGCGCCACGGCGGGAGCUGCCGGAGGAGCCACCCGAGGGGAGGAAAAACACCCCGGCCGAGGCCCAGAGCGGGAGCAGGGGGAAUUUUUCAGCUGCGUUUCUCCGGAGUCAUCCGAGGACCGUGACUGGGGGGCCAGAUCCGGGCACCCAAACCGCCACCCUGGGUGGCUCCGGAUAAUUCGGAUGCGGCACCGGAGCUGUUUAACCCCAUCCCGAUCCAGCCUUCACCCCCAAACCCCGCUGCCAUGAAGAAGAAGGCGGGCAACGGGAGGGGGCCGGAUCCUGCAGCCCCCCAGCAGCGAGCGCGGGGCAUCGCCAGGCCAGCGGAGUACGUGGGCUCCUUUGCCGUGGAGGAUUUGGACCUGCAGCAGCAAGUGGGGCGGCUGGAGGAGCAGCUGCAAGCGCUGAAGGACUGCCCCAGGAGGAGGUCAGUGGUGCUGAGGUUCAGCUUGCAGGGGCUGAAGAUCUACGGCGCCGAUGGGGAGACGCUGCUGAUGGCGCACGCUCUCCGCCGGAUCCUGUACAGCACGUGGCGACACGCCGACCGCCAGUUCGCCUUCGUGGCCCGCAAUCCCUGCAGCCCCGCCAGCACCCUCUUCUGCCACCUCUUCGUGGGGCUCCCGGGCGAGGUCCAGACCCUGCACCUCUUGCUCUGCCGCUCCUUCCAGCUCUGCUACCUCCUGGCGCACCCCGAGGAGCAGGCGGGCGAGGGGGACCCCCCGGGGGCCGGGGUGCUGCGGGAGCCGCUCAACCCCGACGAGGUGUCGCGCAACGUCAACGCCCUCGUCUCCUUCCGACGCCUGCCCGCGCCCGCCGGCCUCGGCUCCCUGGGCGCAGGGGAGCAGAGGCCGGAGGCGGAGGGCAGAGCCGGGGCCUGGCGCCCGGGGAACCCCUACUGCUCCCCAAUCUUGGUGCGCAAAAAAGCCAUCCGCAGCAAGGUCCUGCGCUCGGGGGCUUACCGGGACUGCGGGGGCGAGAGCCAGCUCCACCAGCCGCCCCGUGACGCUGCGGCGGCGGGAUGGGAGAGCAAAGGGGCGAGGAGCCUGGCCUUCCUCCCCGAAAACGAGAGCGUCCUCGCCGAGAGCGUGUGGGCCUUCGCCGGCAUCGGCAGGGCCGGCGGGAUCGCGCUGCUGCGGCGCGACGUCCCCGGCGCUUUCCUCCUGCGCCCCGAGCCCGGGCCGGCCAAGCGCUGGUGCCUGUGGGUGCGGGCGCCCUGCGGCGUCAUCCCCUACAGCCUCCUUCGGACCCACCAGGGCCGGUUCUGCGUGGAGGUGAGGGUGCUGCGCGGGCGGUUUGCUGCGGGAGGGCAGAGCCGCGGUUGCGUGGCGCAGCGGGGCCCGGCUGCACCCGGGGAAGCGCCUGCGAGGGGUCUGUGCAUUGGGGUGCGGGUGCGUUCGGUGCAUCUGUGCACGGGUGCGUUGGUGUAUGGGUGCAUUGGCGCAGCGUGCAUUUGGUGCACCUCUGUGUGGACACGUUGGUGCAUGAACGCACUGAUGCGUGCCUGCAUCUGACACACUGCAAGUGCAUUCUGUGCAGACCGGUGCAUUGGUGCAUGGAUGCACCACCAUGGAGGUGCACGGAUGCACAGCUGCAUAGGCAUGCUGGUGCAUCCAUGCAUAUGGUGCGGUGUACAAGCGCAUUUGGUGCACCUGUCCAUGGAUGCGUUGGUGCACGGAUGAACUGAUGUGUACCUGCAUCUGACACACUGUGCAAGUACAUUCAGUCCAUCUCUGCACGGAUGCACUGGUGCGUUGGUGCACAGAUGUACUGGUGCAUAGGCGCACUGGUGCAUCCAUGCAUUUGGCGCAGUGUACAAGCACAUUUGGUGCACCUGUGCACAGAUGCAUUGCUGCGUAAGUGCAUUCACUGCAUCUGUGCACGGAUGAGUUGGUGUAUGGGUGCAUCAGUGCACUGGUGUGUAAGUGCAUUCAGGGCAUCCAUGCAUGGAUGCACCAGCAUGUUGGUGCACAGAUGCACUGGUGCAUAGGCGUGUGGGCGUACUGGUGCAUCCAUGCAUUUGGUGCAUCUCUGCAUGGAUGUGUUGGUGCAUAAAGUGCAUGGAAGCACUGGCAUCUGUGUGCAUCUGACACACUGCGUAAGUGCAUCUGGUGCAACAGUGCAUGGAAGCGCUGGUGUGCACAUGCAUUUGAUGCAGCGUUGCACAGGCGCGCUUGCUUUAGGUUUGCAUUGGUGCGCAGGCGCAUCACACAUGGCUACAAGUGCAUUUGCUUCAUGUGCGCAUGGGUACACAGGGGCAUUUGCUUCAUGGCUGUGCCAGUGCUCAGAUACACCCGUGCACGGCUGCACAGGGGCGUGGGCACAGUCCACCCGUGGGUGCAUCAUCUGUGCACGGCGCCCUGCACGCAGGUACCAACAGGUGCGUGCAACCACCCGUGAUGUGCAGGCGUGCGAGUGUUUUUGAUUCCUGGGUGCAUCCGCCGCGUGUUUGUGGUUGCACCCUUGCGUGGCUCCAGGGGUGCUGGGUGCAUUUGGGCGCGUGGGCAUCCCAGCAAGGCUCACCGGCCGCCCCCCCGCCCCCGGUUGAGCAAGGAGGUGUGGGGGGGGUGCUCACCUCUCUCCCCUCUCCGGCGGCAGCACUCCAACGCCGAGUUCGCCAGCGUGGCCGCCCUCCUGGCUCACUAUUCCGGGGGGACGGGGGGCUGCUUCUGCCGCCUGGCUCCCGGCCGCCGCAACCC